AUGAGAGUUUUAAUCCAUGAAAAAACAAGACUCAUAGCACUUGUAUCCAGUACGCAUUGUCUGCUGAUCAAGUAUAUCAAAGAUAAAAACCAAUGUGCCGUAGAUUUUGUGGAAAAGGAGAGUUUCAGCCCCAAGCAUAUGAAACCUUUGUCCAGAAACAAAGCUCAUGGAUUUCUUGGUCUGAUAAAUGUCAAUGAAGACGUAUUUUUAUGCGUUAUUACUGGAAAAACAGAGGUUGCCACUCCGACAGAUGGUGAAACCGUGAAUAAAAUCUACAAUGUGGAGUUUCAUUGUCUGAAUAGAGAUGCAUGGGACUUCCUAGAGCUGGAUGGCAAUGGGUAUCCUAUUACCACUUCCGAUGUUAACGAAGAGGCUCUAAGAUCCAGAGGUUCCACCGAGGCCAGCGAUAAUCAUCUCUCUUAUGAGCAGAAUCCGACUUAUGAGUUAAGGAGAUUGUUGAGCAAUGGUUCGUUUUACUACAGCACAAAUUUUGACUUGACAAGUACUUUACAGUCUAGGGAUGUCAACUCUGAUUCCUUAAGUUUUGACUCUUUCCAUUUGGACUACAUGUGGAACAGUUACAUGAUGAAAGAAGUCGUUAAUUUCAGGGAUAGACUGCCUACAGAUAGCAAGAAGAUCUUGGAUAGAAAUGGAUUUCUGACCACUGUAAUACGGGGCUUUGCAGAAACUUUUCGAACUAGGAUUGGCCAUCAAAAAUGUAACGCCACGAUCAUAUCUAAGCAAUCUUGGAAACGUGCAGGUACAAGGUAUAAUGCCCGUGGUAUUGACGACGAAGGCUAUGUUGCCAAUUUUGUGGAAACAGAAUUAAUUUUGCAUUCAAAAGACUUCAUUUAUGCCUACACCGAAGUAAGAGGAUCCGUGCCGAUAUUCUGGGAGCAGGAUACUGCCUUGGUUAACCCUAAGGUCACUAUAACAAGAUCAUUAGAGGCCACUGAACCUGUUUUUGAAAAGCAUUUUGCAGCAUUAAAUGGAAAAUAUGGUCCUGUUCAUAUUGUAAACCUACUGUCCACUAAACCUUCCGAGAUUGGCCUGAGCAACACUUACAGAAAACAUUUCGAAAUUGUUAACAAAAAGGGCUCUCCUCAAGCAUAUCUUACCGAAUUUGACUUUCAUAAAGAAACAGGAAAGAAUUACGCUUUGGCUACUAAAGUCAUUCCUUUUCUAGAAGAGUCUAUUUACGAUUUUGACUAUUUUAGUUACGAUGUCAAAAACCAAAAAGUAUUAACACUCCAAAAAGGUGUUUUCAGGACCAAUUGUUUAGAUUGCUUGGACAGGACAAAUGUUGUUCAACAGGUUAUAUCCAAUGCAACCCUGAACAUGUUCUUGCAGAGACAUAACUUAAACACCAAUUAUGAUUCAGACCUUUUCAACAAACAUAACACACUCUGGGCAGAUCAUGGUGAUGCCAUUUCCCAAAUCUACACGGGCACAAACGCCUUGAAGUCAAGUUUUACUAGAAGUGGAAAGAUGGGUAUUGCUGGGGCAUUAUCUGAUGCUACCAAAUCCAUCAGCAGAAUGUACAUCAAUAAUUUUCAAGAUAAAGCUAAACAAGUAACUAUUGAUACUCUAUUGGGCAAAAUGUCAAAUCAGGUUGAAGUAAGAAUUUUUGACCCUGUUUCUGAUCAUGUAGAUAACGAAUUAAGCAAGUUGAAAAGCCAAUUCUCUGCUGAAGAUGACAUUAGGAUAUUUACAGGAAGUUACAACCUUGGUGGAACUGCAUAUGCUGACGACUUUACUGAUUGGUUGUUUCCCAAAGAAAACGGUGGCAUUGAAGGUGCCCCUGAUGUGGUAAUUCUUGGGUUCCAAGAAGUGGUGGAACUAACUGCAAGCAAUAUUUUGAACUCUGAUUCAUCAAGAUCUCAUUAUUGGUCUGAGGAGAUCAAAACCCAGCUGAACAAGAUCAGCUCUAGCAAGUAUAUUUUAUUACGAUCAGAACAAAUGACCUCCUUGCUGCUCUUGUUCUUUAUCAAAGAAGAUAAAAUGCCAAAGGUGACUCAAGUCGAAGGAUGCAGCAAGAAAACUGGUCUUGGAGGUAUAACCGCAAAUAAAGGAGCUGUUGCCCUUCGGUUCAGUUUUGGAUCGACAACAUUCUGUUUAUUGAAUUCCCAUUUGGCAGCUGGACUAAAUAGUGUUGUUGAAAGAAAUAACGAUUUUACAACCAUUUCCCAAGGAAUCAGAUUCAGUCGAAACAAAACUAUAUAUGACCAUGAUUGCGUUAUAUGGUUAGGUGACCUCAACUAUCGAGUUCCCUUGCCAAACGAACUGGUUCGCAGUUCUGCCCUAAAUGGUGUGUACGACGAACUGCUUGCCGAGGACCAAUUGAAGACUGAGAUGGUUCAUAAAGGAGCCUUUGCUGACUUUUAUGAAAUGAAAAUUAAUUUUUUGCCUACUUACAAGUAUGAUAAAGGUACUAGUGUGUUUGACACUAGUGAAAAACAGAGGGUGCCUUCUUGGACUGAUAGAAUACUUUAUCGUGGUAAAAGAUUGCAGCAGGUAAACUACAAUUCUGUUCAAAGCAUAACAAUUUCUGACCAUAAACCAAUUUAUGGAACUUUUAAAGCACAUGUUACAUACGUCGAUGAACGCACUAAACUAACUUUGAUGAGAAAGAUCUACGAUGAUUAUAGACGUGAUCCAAAAUCAGAAGCAUCAUCGGCAUCAAGCAAUGGGGAUAAAUUUGGCGAUCUAAUUGAUUUCAAUGAUGCUUCCAGCAGUUCUAAUACUUCAAUUUACACUGAAACUGAAGGAAAGCAGGUUUCACAACCCGUUCCGGGUCAUUUCCCGCCUCCGCCACCUCCUCCAAGGAAUAGGGUUACUCCUCCACAACCAAGUACACCGGAAACCCCUCCUCCUCCGGGGUAUGCCCUUAAUAUGGCUCCAUUAAUACCAUCAAGGGCGAACAGCGGGAAUAAUACCAGGCCGUCAAGUCCGUUCGAGGUUUCUACGGACCGUGCUAAGGCUGAAAUAUCUACGAAACCUGUUCGUCCAAUGGUACCUGAUAAGCCAAGUUCGUUAAAAGCGAUGUCUCCCGAAAACACGAUCCAGACGGUCCCGCCAGUCCAGAAAGCGAUUUCGACAGAUUCUUUAAAUACUGCUUCAGCGGCACCUCCACCUCCGCCUCCGAGGAAGCAAGAAUCUAUAAAUUCAUCAAUGAGCGCUUUCCCCGUUCUGAUGCCCAAAAAGAAAUAG